GGAAGAUUGGGUACCAUUCACCUAAAAAGAUAGACACUUAUUUUGAAUUCUAAUUGAGAAUUUAUCUAAUAAAAAUGGUGUUUGAUAGCAGGAUCGUAGUAUCUGCCUAGAUGCAUAUGACAAUAAAAAAAAAUGAAUAAAGCUAAAUUUUCACUAAAAAGAAAUACUCAGAAUAUAACUCCAAUAUUUUAUUCAGUAAAGGAGAAAAAAAACAGAAUUAAGACUGUUGGGAGAUAAUAAAAUAACAUGGUAUUGCGUGUAGAGGCUGACACACACACUUGUUAGCUCAAAACCAAGCACAGUAGCACUUCUCUCCCUCUCAGAAAAGCUUAGCUACAGGCAUCAAAACUCUCCGACUAAGGGAACACAGACAGUAUGGCGUAUCUCUAGAAAUCUCUCUCACACUCACAUAUACACAAGCACUGUCUCUGUCUCUCCAAAAACCCUAUUUAAAUAGCCCACUUCUUUCUCCCAUGCAACUCUACUCCUCUCCACUCUCUCCAACACCCACUACUUGUGUUUUUGUGCUCUUUCUCUCUAUUUCAUUUUUAUCUUCUUUACUUCAAACCAUCAAUCAUCACUUCUUCCAUAAUCACCUGUCUCUCCCUCUUCUGUACUGCUCCCUUCUUUUAAGUUCUCCCUAGGUUGUUUUCUUUUUUUUUUUCUCCUUUCUUCUCCGAGCUUAUCAUAUAGUUUUUUCCAUUAAUCUUUUAUAUAUCGUUUAUUUUAUAAGAUGUCUAGCAGAAGAUCCCGAUCAAGACCAUCAGGAAGUUCGAGAAUCACUGAUGAUCAGAUCCUUGAUCUUGUUUCCAAGUUACAACAGCUUCUUCCUGAGAUUCGUAAUAGGCGUUCUGACAAGGUUUCAGCUGCGAAGGUGUUGCAGGAGACUUGCAACUAUAUCAGAAGCUUGCACAGAGAAGUUGAUGAUCUUAGCGAGCGGCUCUCAGAGCUAUUGGCAACUACUGACACUGCCCAAGCUGCUAUAAUUAGGAAUUUACUUAUGCAAUAGAGAGAGAAUAUAGUGAAUAAUUGUUAGUUAAUUUUGCACUGCUUAUGCGAUCUUUUUACUUUUCUUAAUGAUCUUAAUUUUCUAGGUUAUUUUUAAUCAUUAUUAAUAGAGUACUGAUGAUCAAUAUGGGGUGCUUGUUUAAUGAUUAGAGAAAUCCUUUUUCUUUCCUUCUU